AUGACACAACGCAAAGGCGAGAAACCCACCAUCAGCAUCCAAGAGCACAUGGCUAUUGACGUGUGCCCGGGACCCAUCCAGCCCAUCAAGCAGAUCUCGGACUACUUCCCCCGGUACCCGCGCGGUCUGCCCCCCGCCGCUCACCUGGGCCCGCCGCUCCGAGCCCAGUCCUCCAGCGCCAGCACCGCCUCCUCCACGGCCGACGGCUCCCAUGAGGACGCACACGCGCUGGACAGGCCGGCGCUCGGGCCAGUGGCGGCCGGAGCCUCGGGGUGUUCUGCGGGCUCCAGGAGGGACGAGGAGCCGGACGUGGAGGGCUAUGACUCGGACGACUCCACCACUCUGGGGACUCUGGAGUUCAGCCUGUUGUACGACCAGGAGAACAACGCCCUGCACUGCACUAUCAACAAGGCCAAGGGCCUCAAGCCGAUGGACCACAAUGGCCUGUCGGACCCCUAUGUCAAGCUGCACCUUUUGCCUGGAGCCAGCAAGGCAAAUAAACUGCGAACCAAAACUCUGCACAACACACUCAACCCAGUGUGGAGUGAGACGCUGACCUACUACGGCAUCACCGACGAAGACAUGGUCCGCAAGACUCUCAGGAUUUCCGUGUGUGACGAGGACAAGUUCCGACACAAUGAGUUCAUUGGAGAGACACGCAUCCCUCUGAAGAAACUCAAGCCCAACCAGCUCAAGAACUUCAACAACUGUCUGGAGAAGCAGCUGCCCGUGAAUAAGAGUGAGGAUAAGUCUCUGGAGGAGCGCGGCCGCAUCAUGAUCUCUCUCAAGUACAACACCCAGAAGUCCUGCCUCGUGGUGGGCAUCAUCCGCUGUGCCCACCUCGCCGCCAUGGACGCCAACGGCUUCUCCGACCCCUACGUCAAAACGUAUCUGAAGCCAGACGAGAACAAGAAAUCCAAGCACAAGACGGCCGUGAAGAAGAAGACGCUCAACCCAGAAUUCAACGAGGAGUUCUGUUAUGACAUUAAAUAUGCAGACCUGACCAAGAAGACCCUGGAGGUGACUGUGUGGGACUACGACAUCGGCAAAUCCAACGACUUCAUUGGGGGCGUGUCUUUGGGCAUCAAUGCAAACGGGGAGCGGCUCAAGCACUGGUUUGACUGCCUCAAAAACAAGGACAAGAAAAUCGAGCGUUGGCACACGCUAACCAAUGAGCUGCCAGGAGCGCUAAAUGACUAA